CAUACCCCCAACCCCUAUAACCCAACAAUAAAACCCAACCGAUAAACCCUGAUUGUUCAAAACCCUCAACAAAAUCAUUCUGCUGCCUAUUUAGAAUGCCUAGAAGACAAUGAAUUCAGUGUAUAGAGCAGUCUGUUCUUCCCGGAGAAACUCUGCCUUCCGAUUUCUCUUACAAUCAUCGUCUUCAUUUUCAUCAUCAUCAUCAUCAUCAUCAUGUGAUUGGCCUAGACCUAAAGAGAUUCCAUUUCAGACUAAGGUUGCCAAUUCUGUUCAUUUGAUUGGUUACAUAAGCGAACAUAUCCAGUUUCAUGCUGAUAAAUUUGUGGCUACUACAAUUAUUUCUCAAUCUGACUCCCCUAAUUUCAGGAUUCCAGUUACAUUUGAAGGUGAUUUGGCUCAUGCUGCUGCUUCCCAUUUGAAAAAAGAUGAUCAUAUUUACAUAGCUGGACAGCUUAGUGCAGAACCCCUUCAUAUUGAUGUUUCUCAGGAUCAAGCCCCAGUUAGGAUUACGGUAAACAGUAUCAACUUUAUAGAAGGUUCUUCACAAAUUAAGAAAAGCUGGAGGCAUAAGCAGAAAAAAGAAGACUAUUUGCCUGAGCAACCUGAAGAAAAGGAGCCCUUAAAGGAUUUUGCAAUUGCAGAGGAUGAUUUAAAAGCUGAACAGUCGUGGAAAGAUCUUUUGAUGUCACCCCAUGAAUGGUGGGACGUCAGAUCAGAAGCGGGCAAUCCAAAGGGUGCAGUAUUCGAAAGAAAGAAUAAUAAAGAAUUACUUUGUAUUGACCACACCACACCCAAAUGGAUCCGAGAGAUGCUAGAGGCUGUGACAUUUGAUACGAAAACCACUGCGAAAGGCGGAAUAGAUUACAUGAUAAAAAAUGGUGAUUCUUUGUUAAAUUCCUGGAGAGACCUCCUCAAAAAUCCAAAAGAGUGGUAUGACUACCGCAGUAGUAAGCUGAAUGGAUCGGUGAAUCCAAAACAUCCUGAUUUUAAAAGCAAGGAUGGUGGUCUACCGCUGUGGCUUAAUAUGGCACCAAAGUGGGUUGUGUCAAAACUUGAAAUGGUGGAGUUUGAUGCGCAAAUUCCUAAAUCAAAACAAGUGAAGCAGCAUAAAGGUGAUGAAUAUUGGACGGAGUUGGUAGAAAACCCGAAUAAGUGGUGGGACAACAGAUCAAAUAAGAGAAAUGUGAAAGCUCCCGACUUCAAGCACAAGGAGACUGGUAUAGCACUGUGGCUUACUGAUUCACCACCUUGGGUCAUCCCAAAGUUGCCACCCUUGAAGGAUCAAAAUAUUGGUACCACCGCAAUGCUUUCUUGAGCCAUUCAUCCUCUCCUCACCUUUGUUAGCUGCAUUGCUAUUUCCCUACUUCACUGCAAUUCUAGGAAACCCUCCUGUCAGACAACAUGCUCGAGAAUCUGUUGAAACAUAUGGCACUGUCGAACCAAAUUUCAAGCUGUGAUUAAAGCCAUCGAAUGAUCAAUCCGUACCAAAGUUUGCUAUUCAUAGGUGGAAGAAAUCAAAAUAUACCCUCUAUGUUUACUCUGAAGAACAUGUAACCCCUUUGUGUAAUUUAUGGAGCAAAAGUACGCUCUCUAUUAGUUUGUGUCUCUGCAUGGCAAAACAAAGGGCUGUUGUUGAGACAUACCUAUUUAAAAUAUUUAUCAGCAAAAAGAGCACCUGGCUUGUUUCA